UUCUUCAAAUAUGACCGCUUUCGAAGAGUUCGGGGUCCUGCCCGAACUGGGGAAGGCUAUUGAAGAGAUGGAUUGGACUCUGCCUACAGAUGUUCAAGCUGAAGCUAUUCCCCUCAUUCUUGGAGGUGGAGAUGUGCUAAUGGCAGCCGAAACUGGCAGUGGAAAGACGGGUGCCUUCUGCCUACCUAUUUUGCAGAUAGUUUGGGAAACUUUGAAAGAUUUACAAGAAGGGAAGACGAGUAAAGUGCUGACGCAAACUUCGUCAGAAUGGACUAUGUCGUUUUUUGAUCGAACAGAUGCUUUGGCAGUGACUCCAGAGGGCACGCGCUGCCAGUCGCGAGACCAGCAGGCCUGGCACGGCUGCCGGGCCACCAAGGGUGUCCACACUAAGGGGAAUUAUUAUUAUGAAGCAACAGUGACUGACGAAGGCCUGUGCCGUGUUGGGUGGUCUACCCAAGCUGCUAAACUGGACCUUGGCACUGACAGGCUUGGCUAUGGAUUUGGUGGCACAGGCAAAAAGUCUAAUGCCAAGCAGUUUGAUGAUUAUGGUACCGCUUACGGGAAGAAUGAUGUCAUUGGUUGUCUUCUGAGUUUGACCAAUGGUGAAAUCAGGUAUACCAAGAAUGGAGAAGAUCUUGGCGUGGCUUUCAAACUGGAUCAGUCCAGACGGUCAGAUUGUUAUUUCCCUGCUGUAGUGCUCAAAAAUGCCGAGAUGAGCUUCAACUUUGGUUCUACUCCUUUCAAGUAUCCUAUUCCAAAGGACUAUAUUGCUAUUUGCCAAGCUCCCAAAGAGUGUGUGAAGCAUAACAUUGUAGUGGCGGGCGCAGCUGUGGACAGCAAGCCAGUAAACAAUGCUCCACAGGCCAUCAUCAUUGAGCCAUCUCGUGAGCUGGCUGAACAGACCUGCACCCAGAUAACCAAAUUCAAGAAGUACCUUGAGAACCCGAAAGUGCGAGAAUUGCUCGUGGUGGGCGGAAUCAACGUGAAGGACCAGAUCAACCAGCUCAAUGCUGGAGUGGACAUAGUGGUUGGCACACCAGGGCGUCUUGAGGACCUUAUUCAAGGAGGAUACCUCGCGCUGACUCACUGCCGUUUCUUCGUGCUCGACGAGGCGGACGGGCUUCUCAAGGCGGGUUAUGGAGAACUGAUCGAACGCCUCCAUCGUCAGAUCCCAAAGAUCACCUCGGACGGGCGAAGGCUGCAAAUGGUGGUGUGUUCCGCGACUCUCCACGCCUUUGAAGUUAAGAAGAUGGCGGAGAAACUCAUGCACUUCCCAACAUGGGUGGACUUGAAAGGAGAAGACGCCGUGCCCGAGACAGUACAUCACGUGGUCGUCAUGGUAGACCCACAAAAGGACCGCUUGUGGGAAACCUUGCGCAAACAUGUGCAAACUGACGGUGUUCACGCAAAAGACAACAUCCGUAGCGGCAACACGACACCUGAGACGCUGUCCGAAGCCAUCAAGUUACUCAAGGGAGAGUACUGCGUCCGUGCCAUCAGGGAACAUAAGAUGGACAGGGCCAUCAUCUUCUGCCGUACCAAGCUAGACUGCGACAACCUCGAGCGAUACUUCAAGACAUUCGGCAAGGAGUUUUCCUGCGUGUGUCUCCACGGCGACCGCAAGCCGGCCGAGCGCAAAGGAAAUCUGGAGAUGUUCAAACAGUCUCAAGUCAAGUUCCUGAUUUGCACCGAUGUCGCUGCUAGGGGCAUUGACAUCUCUGGACUGCCCUUCAUGAUCAACAUCACUCUUCCUGACGAGAAGUCGAACUACGUGCACCGCAUCGGAAGAGUCGGGCGCGCCGAGCGCAUGGGGCUCGCCAUCAGCCUCGUGUCCACUGUUCCUGAGAAGGUGUGGUACCACGGCGAGUGGUGCUCGUCUCGCGGCCGCAACUGCUGGAACACGAAUCUCAUCGACGACCGACCAAAGGGCUGCUGUAUGUGGUAUAACGAGCCUCAGUAUUUGGCAGACAUCGAAGACCACUUGAACAUCACCAUCCAACAAGUGGAGCCUGACAUGAAGGUUCCGUCCAACGAGUUCGACGGCAAAGUCGUGUACGGACAGAAGAGAAAGCAAAUGGGUACAGGAUACCAGGAUCACGUAAGUCAAAUGGCGCCAGUAGUGCGAUCUCUGCAAGAGCUCGAGUCGCAGACGCAGCUUUACUAUCUCAAGAUGCACCACAACGUAACUAUUGCAUAAACAGUGGUCAAAUAUAUCUUGUAUCAAUAUUAAGUAAAUAAACGAGUGUAUGCUAAAUUAUUAA